AUGUCGCAGGAGGACGCCAAGGAAGAUUUCGUGAAGCGAAUAGAAAACUAUAAGCUACAGUAUGAACCGCUUGACCAAGAAGAGGACGAAGAUUUGUCCUUCAUUAAGGUAAUCAACGCUGGCAAGUCGUUCUACGUCCAGAAUGUCAACGGCCACGUACAGAGUCGCGUGGUGUAUUUCUUGAUGAACAUUCACCUACUACCUCGAUGCAUCUAUUUGACCCGACACGGCGAAAGCGAAUACAACCAGCUCGGUCGACUCGGUGGUGACAGCCCUCUGAGUGAGAACGGAAAACGAUAUGCGGAAAAGUUGAGAGAUUUCUUUGAGGGUAUCUGCGAAGGACUGACAUACAACGAUUUUGCUCAACGUUAUCCGAAGCAGUUUGCUGAGAGGGACAGGGAUAAGUAUCACUACAGGUAUCCGAGUGGCGAGAGUUACGAGGACUUAGUUACUCGACUGGAACCGGUUAUUAUGGAGCUCGAACGAUUGGCGAACGUAUUGGUGAUUUCUCAUCAGGUAAUUACAUUACGUGGACACCAACAACACAAUGCAAAGCGCUACCUUCUUGCUUCCCUCUGCCAACACUCAUUCUCUUGGGGAACAGACCACCAUCUGUAG